UCCCGAGAUCGCGUCACCGCCAGCUGACGUCGCCGCCAUGGUCCUGCUAGAAGCAGUAUAGACAGAUAGACUGCAGUUCUAAGUUGCAGAAUCAGCUGCAGCAGAUAAUCGGCAUGAGUCACGCACGUCUGUGAGUCGUCACUGCUGGAAGACAAAACAAAAUAAUCCUCAUCUCACAUCCUACAACCCCGCAGUUGCUGCACUAUUUACCUAUCUGCUCCUGAGGAUGAGCUCGGUGACGGCGUCCCUGCCGACGCUGCUGUCGUCGGCGGCGUCCACCGUCUCGUGGUUCUUCCCGGCGCUGGUGGCCGCCAUCGCCUACUUCAACUACGACCUGCUGGACCCCGAGUCGCGGCCCAUCGAGAUGCAGCCCGACAUGCUGCUCGACUCCUACGACUUCAUCAUAGUCGGCGCCGGGUCCGCGGGAGCGGUCCUGGCGAACCGGCUGAGCGAGGUGGACGAGUGGACGGUGCUGCUGGUGGAGGCGGGCGGCGACGAGACGGAGAUCUCCGACGUGCCGGUGCUGGCCGCAUAUCUGCAGCUCAGCAAGCUGGACUGGCAGUACAAGACGGAGCCCCAGGGCACCGCCUGCCUCGGGAUGAGGAACGGGCGGUGCAACUGGCCGCGCGGCAAGGUGCUCGGCGGCUCGAGCGUGCUCAACUACAUGCUGUACGUACGCGGCAACCACCACGACUACGACGCGUGGGAGGCGGCGGGCAACCCGGGCUGGGGCAGCCGCGACGUGCUGCACUACUUCAGGAAGUCGGAGGACCAGCGCAACCCGUACCUGGCGCGCUCGCCCUACCACGGCACCGGCGGCUACCUCACCGUGCAGGAGGCGCCCUGGCACACGCCGCUCGCCGCCGCCUUCGUCGAGGCGGGCGUCGAGAUGGGCUACCACAACCGCGACAUCAACGGCGAGUUCCAGACCGGCUUCAUGGUGGCGCAGGGAACCACACGUAGAGGAUCCCGUUGCAGCACAUCCAAGGCCUUCCUGAGACCGGCGCGCCUGCGGCCCAACCUCCACGUACUCACCUACUCACAGGUGACGCGCGUGCUGAUCGACCCGCGCAAGAAGCGCGCCACGGGCAUCCAGUACGUGCGCGAUGGCGAGGGCCGGCGCCUGAGGUCUGUGCUGGCGCGGCGCGAGGUGGUCCUGUCGGCCGGCAGCAUCGGCUCUCCGCAGCUGCUGAUGCUGUCCGGCGUGGGGCCGGCCGCGCACCUCCGCGAGCACGGCAUCCCCGUUCUGCAGGACCUGCAGGUGGGCGAGAACAUGCAGGAUCACAUCGGCCUGGGCGGACUGACGUUUCUGAUCGACAAGCCGGUCUCCAUGGUGCAGAGCCGCUACGAGAACCUGCCGUCGGUGCUGCAGUACGCCAUCUUCGGCGACGGCCCGCUCACCGUGCUGGGCGGUGUCGAGGGCCUCGCCUUCGUCAACAGCAAGUACGCCAACGCGUCCAUCGACUGGCCCGACAUCGAGUUCCACUUCGUGUCGGGCUCGACCAACUCGGACGGUGGCCGGCAGAUCUGGCGGGCGCACGGGAUCACGGACCGCUUCUACGAGCGCGUCUUCCGGCCGAUCGACAACAAGGACGCGUGGAGCGUGAUCCCCGUGCUGCUGCGGCCUCGAAGCCGAGGCGUCAUCAAACUGCGCAGCCGCAACCCGUUCGACUACCCGCUUAUCUACCCCAACUACUUCACCGACCCGCAAGACAUCAAGGUGCUCGUCGAGGGGGUCAAGAUCGGAGUCGCGCUGUCCAGGACGCGUGCAUUCCGCCGCUUCAACAGCCGCCUGCACGAGAUCCCCACGCCCGGCUGCGAGUCCGUGCCUCGAUUCACCGACGCCUACUGGGAGUGCCUGAUACGCCACUACUCGGUGACCAUCUACCACCCGAUCGGCACUUGCAAGAUGGGCCCCGCUUGGGACCCCGGGGCUGUCGUAGACCCCCAGUUGCGAGUGUACGGCAUUCAGGGCUUGCGGGUCAUUGACGCUUCCAUCAUGCCGUCCAUGGUCAAUGGAAAUACCAACGCACCAGUCAUCAUGGUGGCCGAGAAAGGCGCGGAUCUGAUCAAACAAUUUUGGCUCCGAAAAAAUUGAGCCUGGCUGCUGAGGAUGACUAACCUCUCACUUCCUAGGAAAUUUCCACUACUCUCGAAGUGUUCAGUCGACGCUGAGGCCUGUGUGGACUUAAAGACAGCAAUAGUUACACUACUACAGUUUAAUGUAGGUCGGUGUUUACAUCCUUGUCGAUUAUAGGUGUAUGAACAUUAUGCCGUGGUCUAAGACACUUCCCUGUGCUUAAUUUUUCCUCUCCUAAUGCUGGAGACAUCCUCAGAGGCUAUGAAGAUUUGGCGAGUUGAUUCUACAACUCAAGGACUUAAAUUACACAAGUUGUGAUCGUUAGUGCUAAAUAAAGCAAACUGCACCAACUUUUCAGCAGCACAAGCUCCUUAAAACACUGCUCCUUAAGACUCUGCAAUAUGUGGCCAAACCAGAUGACAUCAAGGUCCAGUCACGGUUCAGCUUACUGGGAUUGUUUGAGUGCGAAAAUCAACUAAUAAAUUCUUUAUAGCCCCUGAGGUUGACUCCGGUAGAAACAAAAACAUGCGAAAUGUCUAUACAUCUAAAAUAACCAAAGAUACUGCUACAAUUAUCUCAGUUUUCUCCAAAGACAGGAACUAUCUAUAUGAUCAUAGUCAAAUCUACAUUUUUGACCCAGUGACGAAUGCAUUUUAAGAUAGUCCACAGCUGAACUUAAGCAGAAACUUACUUAUCCGACACGUAAAGUCUUUGGUGUUAUGACUGCAGUCUGUUUCACCCCCUCUGCUUCCGUCGUGGAAAUACGGUUCGGUCGAGGACCUGCGUGAUAUGCCCGUAAUACCGAAGUACAGACUAUCUGUUGAAUUUUUCAUUUUGCUACCAGUUGACAUUAGUUAUUUCAGAUAUAAUGUCUGGGGCAGUUUCAGUGACCAUCAAUUGACAAAGUAUUUCAUUUAAAAAACAGUUCAACCUGCAAAUUGUUUACAUAAGCUUUACUUGCCCCAUUUUAUAAAAAUCGUACUCUUACAUUUUUCUCGACAGCAAACACAGCCAGGCGUACAUCUCGUAUCGUCAAGUUUGUGAUUGUAGGUAGAGUAUAAUACUUUUUAUUUGGCAGUGACUCAAUGUUCUAAGUUCCAAACUAAUGACUAUUUUGUACAUAUUUAUUCCAUCAUCCCAAAGUCAGAGGAUAACUUGAAAUUAAUGACUGCGUUUUAAAAGAAAAUACUUAAGACUAGGUUCUCUUUAAGCUACUAAGUAAAUAGAACGGUACAAAACCUCCUGAAAAGGUAGAGGCUCUAAAGUGGAGAAUGACUAAAAUCUUGCCAGAGUUGUAGGCUGUAAAGCUUCAUAGUUAUCCAACAUACAGAACAUACCUCGAGAUAUACCUUUCUCGCAUUUUUUUUACAGAUCUGCCAUCCAUGACCUUUCUGUGAUAAUCUUGAUAUUAACACAUUUUUAUCGUUACUUCGCGUAACUGAGGUGUCUUAACACUAGGCGUUUCUGACCACGAUAAAAUACGCGCGUUUACAGCUACGCAUUUAAACAUUUGUUAGUAAAUAGUGACGUACUAUCAUAAAUUAUAGUGUACGUUUUCCAACAUUUGUAUGCCAAAUAUUUUGUACAUAGAAACAAUUGUUAUUUGUUGUAUUUAUUUGUCUGAAAAUAAAGUGUAUGUUUCUUCA